UAAAAAAGAGGGAGCGGGGCGGCGGGGCGUCGCGUGCCGGGAGCGCUGCGCUGCGCCUUGCGGAGUUGGUAUGUGACAGAGGCCGGGCAGUGCCAUGUAUUGGAAGAGCGACCAGAUGUUCGUGUGUAAACUGGAGGACAAGGACAUCCCAGCGCUUGGCAUUUCCGCCGAGAAGUUCCCGGGGCUCAUGGCCGAGGAGGGCGGGCGAGCGGCGGCGCUGGCGGGGGGCAGGAGGCGGAGAAGCGCCGGGGAAGGGGGCCUGGUGAGCCCGGAGGCGGCCGGGGACGAGGACUCGUGCUCUUCCUCCGCGCCGCUGUCCCCCUCCUCCUCGCCCCGGUCCAUGGCCUCGGGCCCCGGCUGCCCCCCCAGCAAGUGCGUGUGCAGCAGCUGCGGCCUGGAGAUCGUGGACAAGUACCUGCUCAAGGUAAAUGAUCUGUGCUGGCAUGUACGCUGUCUCUCGUGCAGUGUUUGCAGAACUUCUCUAGGAAGGCAUACCAGCUGCUAUAUCAAAGAUAAAGACAUCUUCUGCAAACUUGAUUAUUUCAGACGGUAUGGAACCCGUUGUUCACGCUGCGGUAGACACAUCCAUUCUACUGACUGGGUCCGAAGGGCUAAAGGAAAUGUGUAUCACUUGGCAUGCUUUGCCUGCUUCUCCUGCAAAAGACAGCUUUCCACUGGGGAGGAGUUUGCUUUGGUUGAAGAGAAAGUCCUUUGUAGAAUACACUACGACUGUAUGUUGGACAACCUAAAAAGAGAAGUUGAAAAUGGGAAUGGGAUUAAUGUGGAAGGAGCAUUAUUAACAGAACAAGAUGUUAAUCAUCCAAAACCAGCAAAAAGAGCUCGGACCAGCUUCACAGCAGAUCAACUCCAGGUUAUGCAAGCACAGUUUGCUCAGGACAACAAUCCAGAUGCACAGACCCUACAAAAACUGGCAGAAAGAACAGGCUUGAGCAGGCGUGUGAUACAGGUGUGGUUUCAAAACUGUAGAGCACGUCAUAAGAAACAUGUUAGUCCUAAUCACUCAUCUACUGCUCCUGUCACAGCAGUUCAACCAUCUAGGCUGUCUCCACCAAUGUUAGAAGAAAUGGCAUACUCUGCAUAUGUACCCCAAGAUGGGACUAUGUUAACUGCUCUACAUAGUUAUAUGGAUGCUCAUUCACCUACAGCUCUUGGACUCCAGCCCUUGCUACCCCAUUCUAUGACACAACUGCCAAUAAGUCACACCUAAUUCCUUUCUUUCAGGGAUAUAAGCUAUUGAGGAUGUAAUCUCAAGAGUCAUUUAUUGUGUAUUAAAAUAUCAUUGAAAAGAUAUUAAUGUUAAUUUUUUAAUUUAACAUCCAAAGCGUUUUCAAGACCAUGCCCAAUAUGUAAGUAUAGUUGGCCUGCAAGACACUUUUAUGGAUUCUGCAUAAAUAACUAUUAUGUUGUUUACAAGACUUAUUGAAAACACCUUUUUUGUAUUGUCUGGAAGUAGUCCACUCUAGUUAUGUGUUUGUUAAUUUAUUUGUCAUCAAAAAGAGCACUUUGCCUAACAGAAAGGACUGACAAUUGUGCAAAAUGUUUACAACUCUUUGUGAAAUUGUAGCUUAUCAUUUGUUUGUACCUGUAAGUUAUUGUUAUAAAAAAAGUACUACCUGUAUUUGAGUUAUAUACAGCCUAUACUUUAAAGCUUAUGUCUGAGUUGGCUAAAAUAAAUUUCAGUUGCAAAUAUUUUCAAAAUGGAACCGAAUAAACUUUCUGCUGUAGCAUGCUAAGCAAACACA